AUGCAGCACCGACGUCAUCGGCUGCGCCGCGCGCCGCUGGUGCUCCUGCUCCUGGCGCUCGUGCUGGUCCUAGCGCUGCGAUCCGCGCGGCGCGCAGGGUGGCGCCUGGAAGUGGGAGGCCGUCAGCCCAGCCACAACCUCGGCAGCAGCGAGGAGUGCAGCAGCGAGAAGGCCGAGUUCUUGCGGCAGCAUCCCAACUACGGGUACCAUGGAUGGAUCGACGCGCACUGGCAGGAGGAGGUGGGCAGCCGCAUGGCACCCGGCAGCCACUACCUGGAUUUCACAGGAUCGGGCCUCUACACGAAUAGUCAGCUGCGGGCCGCGUCGCGGGAGCUGGAAGGGUCCCUGUUUGGCAACCCCCACAGCACCAACCCCAGCAGCAUGCUGUCCACCGCUGAGCUGGCGGACGCGCGCGCGCGGGUGCUGGCCCACUUCUCGGCCGACCCCGAGGAGUAUGCGGUCGUGUUUGUCAGGAGCGCCACCGAGGCGCUGAAGCUGGUGGGGGAGUACUUCCCCUGGGCGCCGCGGCCGGGCUGGCAGCCCGAGCGGCGCGUGCACCCGGGCGGCAUCAGCGACGCAGCCGCGCUGCCGGCGGGCCGCUGCGGCACACUUGAGCAGGCGGGGACGGGCGGCGCGGGCAGCAGCUUUGUGUACCUCCGGGCCAACCACAAGAGCGUCCUGGGGAUUGGUGCAUAUGCGAAGCUGCACGGCUCCACCCUGGCGUGUGUGGAUGAGCCGGGCAUGGAGGCAUGGCUGGCCUCGAAACCGCCAGAGGACGACCAGGGGGCGGCUGCGGAUGAUGUCACCUACAGCCUGGUGGCGUACCCCUCAAAGGAUAACCUGGAGGGGCGCAUGUACCCCCUGGACUGGAUACAGCGGGUGCACUCGCGCUCCACGGACCGUCACAAGUGGAUGGUGGUGCUGGAUGCCGCCGCGCACGUGGCGACCCACCCCCUCGAUUUGCGGGCCGUCAAGCCCGACUUUGUGUGCAUAUCGUUCUACAAGAUAUUCGGAUUGCCGACAGGCGUCGGCGCGCUGCUGGCGCGGCGAAAGUCGGCGGCCGCGCUACGCAUCACGUACUUUGGCGGCGGCUCCGUCGUCGACGCGACAGCGGAGGACGUGUGGCGCGUGCUCAUGCCGCUGCCCGAGGGCCUGGAGGCCGGCACGCCGCCUUUCUUGGACAUCCUGCAGCUGAAGCACGGCUUUGACAUGCUGCGGCGCCUUGGGGGCAUGCCUGCCAUUGAGGCGCACGUCGAGUCGCUGCGCGCCUGGACCGCGCCGCGGCUCGCGGCCCUGCGCCACCCCGGCGGCGCGCCGCUGCUGCGGCUGUUUGGCGCGCACGGCCGCGGGCCGCGGGUGCAGAGCGGGGUGUUUGCGUUCUUGGUGCUGCACGCGAACGGCUCCUCGCGGGCGGCGCCGUGGGUGCAGCAGGACGCGGCGGCAGCGGGGCUGCACGUGCGGUCCGGCUGCGUGUGCAACCCGGGGCAGUGCCACUACGACGUCGGGCUGCGGCCAGAGGAGGCGCGAGCCCGUGCGCUGGACGGGGCCCGCGCCGGCACCGACGACCUCGCGCCCUUAGUCACAGUCGCGCGCCCCGGCGCCGACGGGCGCCCGGCGCGCGUGCGGCUAGCUGCAGGCGUCGUGCGGGCGUCGCUCGGGCCGCUGUCUACGUUUGAGGACGUGUGUGCUCUGCUGGAGUUUCUCAGAGGCUAUCGGGAAUUAGUGCUUUAG